AUGUUGCGCAAGCUCACCGUCGACCAGAUCAACGACUGGUUCACCAUCGGCAAGACUGUGACCGAUGUUGAGCUGCUGGGCUCGCCGCCCGCCUUCCCGGCAGAGGCGGCCAGGGACGAGGCCCAGCGCGGCGAUGGGGCCGCUGGCGCCCGCCUCGUCACUCCAGCCCCCGGCAGGGCCCAGGCCCAGGCCCAGACGCGCCAGGCGGCGCCCUGGAGCAGGGCGGCUUCCCAGAAGACUGCGGAACUGGAGCACAUAAACAAGCACAGGCAGCUCGAAGCCCAGGAAUAAGAAAUAGCCUUGUGUUUGUUCUGUCUGAAUCCAGGUCCAAGGCCAACUUCAGCUAAACUAAGCAACAUCACGUGCAUUCCAGAGAUAACCUACCAGUACCCUGACUUGCCUAUAAAUCGGUGUAAGGAAGAGGUCAUCUCUCUGAUAGAAAGCAAUUCCGUCGUCAUCAUUCACGGCGCCACGGGCAGCGGGAAGAGCACUCAGCUGCCGCAGUACGUCCUGGACCACUGCCUGCAGCGCUCUGCCUGCUGCCACAUCGCGGUCACCCAGCCGCGCAAGAUCGGGGCCAGCAGCGUGGCCCGGUGGGUCAGCAGAGAGCGCGCCUGGGCUCUGGGCGGCCUGGUGGGCUACCAGGUGGGCCUGGAGAAAAUAGCCACAGAGGACACCCGGUUAAUCUACAUGACCACUGGGGUCCUGCUUCAGAAAGUCGUCAGCGCCAAGAGUCUGACGGAGUUCACCCAUAUCUUCAUCGACGAGGUGCAUGAGCGCACGGAAGAAAUGGAUUUCCUGCUGCUGGUGGUCCGCAAACUUUUAAGAACGAACUCACGCUUUGUGAAGGUCAUCCUGAUGUCGGCCACCAUCAACUGCAAGGAGUUCGCCGACUACUUUGCCGUUCCCGUUCAGAACCAGCUGAGCCCUGCGCGUGUGUUCGAGGUGCCCGGGCAGCCCCACGCGAUCGAGGAGUACUACCUCAGCGACCUGGAGCGCCUGCCUCCCGGCGGGCUGUCUCCCCACGUCCCGGAGGAGCCGGUGAUCACGAGGGACAUGUACGAAGUUGCCGUCUCCCUCAUCCAGACGUUCGAUGACAUGGACAGGAAAGAGAGCAGGAGCAAGGCCGGGCCGGGCGCCCAGGUGGCGUGGGAGCGGAGCAGCGUGCUGGUGUUCCUGCCGGGUCUGAGUGAAAUAAACUAUAUGCAUGAACUUCUCACAAACAUGAUCCAGAAAAGGCUGCAGGUCUACCCCCUGCACUCGAGCGUGACCCUGGAGGAGCAGAGCAACGUGUUCCUGAGCCCCGUCCCCGGGUACAGGAAGAUUAUUCUGUCCACCAACAUUGCAGAGAGUUCUGUCACGGUCCCCGAUGUCAAGUAUGUUAUAGAUUUCUGUUUGACCAGGACUCUGGUCUGUGAUGAAGACACGAAUUACCAGAGCCUGCGCCUGAGCUGGGCAUCCAAGACCAGCUGCAACCAGAGGAAAGGCCGUGCCGGACGCGUGUCGAAGGGCUACUGCUACCGCCUGGUACACAGGGAGUUCUGGGACAGCGCCAUCCCUGACAACGUCGUCCCGGAGAUGCUGCGUUGUCCCCUGGGAAGCACGAUUCUGAAAGUGAAGCUGCUGGACAUGGGCGAACCGCGGGCUCUGCUGGCCACGGCCCUCUCCCCGCCCCGCCUGGGUGACAUCGGGCGCACGGUCCUCCUGCUGAAGGAGGUCGGUGCGCUGGCCGUCGGCGGGCAGCGGGAGGACGAGAACCCGCACGACGGCGAGCUGACCUUCCUCGGCAGAGUGCUGGCCCAGCUCCCCGUCAGCCAGCAGCUGGGCAAGCUCGUGGUCCUGGGGCACGUGUUCGGGUGCCUGGACGAGUGUCUCAUCAUCGCGGCGGCUCUGUCUCUCAAGAAUUUUUUUGCGAUGCCUUUCAGGCAGCACCUUGACGGAUACAGGAACAAGGUGUUCUUCUCUGGCAACAGCAAGAGCGACUGCAUCGCCCUGGUGGAGGCGUUCAGGACCUGGCAGGCCUGCAGACAGAGCGGGGAGCUGCGGCACCCGAAGGAUGAACUUGACUGGGGACGGUUAAAUUACAUUCAAAUCAAGAGAAUUCGAGAGGUGGCGGAACUGUACGAAGAGCUGAAGAGCCGCAUCUCACAGUUCAACAUGAGCGUUGGCUCCCGGCGGCCCGCCCUGGACCAGGAGUUCACCUACAAGCAGCGGUUCAUCCUGCAGGUCGUGUUGGCAGGCGCUUUCUACCCGAACUACUUCACGUUCGGGCAGCCUGACGAGGAGAUGGCGGCGAGGGAGCUGGCCGGCAAGGACCCCAAGACGACCAUUGUGUUGAAGCACACGCCCCCCUACGGCUUCCUCUACCACAAGCAGCUGCAGUCCCUCUUCAGGCAGUGUGGCCAGGUCAAGUCCAUCGCGUUCGACGGGGCGAAGGCCUUCGUGGAGUUUUCCCGGAACCCAACAGAGAGAUUCAAGACCCUUCCCGCCGUGUACUUGGCCAUAAAGAUGUCUCAGCUCAAGGUGCCCCUCGAGCUGAGCGUGCACUCGGCAGAGGAGGUCGAGGGGAGGCUGCUCGGAGGGGCUGUGUCGAAGCUCCGGAACACCAGGGUGAAUGUGGACUUCCAGAAGCAGACCGUGGACCCUGUCCAAGUGUCAUUCAACACACUGGACAGAUCUGGCGUGGUUUCCGACCUCCUCCUGACGGUCGAGGUCACGGAGGUGGUCGAAGUAGGGCACUUUUGGGGGUAUAGAAUCGAUGAAAAGAACGCCGCGGUUCUGAAGAAGCUCACUGCUGAGAUAAACCGCCUGAAGCUGGUUCCCUUGGCCGUCCACCCACACCCAGACCUGGUCUGCCUGGCGCCUUUUGCCGACUCGGAUGAGCCGAGCUACUUCAGGGCGCAGAUCCUCUACGUGUCCGGGGGCUCCGCAGAGGUGUUUUUUGUAGACUACGGCAACAAGUCUCACGUCGACCUGGAUCUUCUGAUGGAGAUCCCCUGCCACCUGCUCGAACUCCCGUUCCAGGCGCUGGAGUUCAGGGUCUGCCGGCUGCGCCCGUCGGCCUGGUCCCUGGUGUGCGGGGAGCACUGGAGCAGCGGGGCCAGCCGGCGCUUUGCCGCCCUGGUCAGCGGCCGCGUGCUGCUCGUCAGGGUCUUCUCCGUGGUGCACUGCGUCCUCCACGUGGACGUGUACCUGUCCUCGGGGCUGCGGGACGUCGUCAGCGUCAGGGACGUGCUCAUCGCCGAGGGCCACGCCGAGCUGGCGGAGGAGUGCUACGAGUCGAGGCAAAGCCAUGAAGUUCUGAAGGGGCUCUUUUCCAAAUCGGGAGAAGGCGUGACCGACGUGUGCGUGCCGUCCCCGGGGAGGGACAGUGAGAAGCGCCUGAUCCGGGUCUUGUUGGACAGCUUCGCCUCCAAUAAGCUCGGGACCCCGAGCCACAAGGCAGUGCUGCACGGGCCUUUCAACCCGUACGAGCUCAAGUGCCACAGUCUGACCAGGAUCUCCAAGUUCAGGCGCGUUUGGAUCGAGAAGGAGAGCAUCAACUCGGUGGCCAUCAGCGACACCCCCGAGGACCUCCACCAGCGGGUGCUGGUGGCAGCGUCCCUCUCCGUCAACGCCACCGGGUCCACCAUGCUGCUGAGAGAGACCUCCCUGCUGCCGCACGUCCCUGGGCUGCCGGCCCUGCUCAGCAUGCUGUUUGCCCCGGCGAUGGAGCUGAGGGUUGACCGGGCUGGCAAGAGCUACACGGGGGUCCUCUGUGGCCUGGGGUGGAACCCAGCCACAGGGGCCCCCGUCCUGCCGGAGCACGACAUCGAGCUCGCGUUCGACGUUCAGUUCAGCGUGGAGGACAUCGUCGAGAUAAACAUUCUCAGGGCCGCUAUCAACAAGCUCGUCUGCGACGGACCGAACGGGUCCAGGUACCUCGGGCCGGAAAGAAUCGCGCAGCUACAGGACAACGCCCGACAGAAGCUCUUGGGUCUGUUCUGUCAGUUGAAACCAAGAGAGACAAUUGUCCCCAGGUGGCACGAAAAGCCGUAUGAGUGGAACCAGGUGGACCCGAAGCUGGUCAUGGAGCAGGCGGAGCGGGAGGGCGGCUGGGGCAGGAACACCUCCCUCUACCAGCUCCACAGGCUCGUGGUCCUCAGCCCCUAG